AUGUUGUCUCACAACAUACCAUCAAAACAGGCUAACAAAGAUGAAAGUCAAAGCACGGGUGGUGGCGGUGGUGGUGGAAAUGGUGGGAAGAAAACAUCAUCGUUAAGGGCACCAGAACAAAACCUGAAGUGCCCAAGAUGUGAUUCACCCAACACGAAGUUCUGCUAUUACAACAACUAUAACCUCGCUCAGCCUAGACACUUUUGCAAGGCCUGUAGAAGAUACUGGACUAAAGGUGGGGCUCUUAGAAACGUUCCCAUAGGGGGCAGUUGUAGAAAGAACAAGAAGACAAAAUCUUGUUCCUCGAGGUUUUUUAUAGGGGAGCCUUCCUCCAAAGGCUCGUCUUCGGAUAUCGGAGGGAUGAAAUUUUAUGGUCUUUCUGCCAUGGAUUCCGGGAUAAACUUUCCUCCUAGAGUUACAACCACUAACCAUUUCUCUUCUUCGUAUGGCGACACAGUUAAUCCUUCCUUUGUAAAUCUUGAUCCAUUAGGGUUUAAUUUCGCGCUUUCAUCAUCUCACAUUACGAUGAAACAAGGACAUCAUCAUCAUCAACAACAACAACAGCAUAAUCAAAGUGGAGGAGGGUUAGCAAAUUUUCAUGAAACUAUGGGCACAACUAACAAUCUUCUUCAUAAUACUGGUCUUGCUUCUUCCAUAGAAUCUUUAAGUUCUAUAAACCAAGAUUUGCAUUGGAAGCUGCAGCAACAAAGACUGACUAUGUUGUUUGGUGGCGAUGGUGGUGGCGGCAGAGGUGGUGGCGGAGAGAACGGUCAGCAACAGCAGAGAAAACAAGGUUUUCUUGAACCACAUGCUCAGAAAUUACAACCCAUUUUGUUUCAGAACCUUGAGAUUUCAAAGGCAUCACAGUCUUCUAUAGAUGGUGAUUCGAGAAAAGACACUGGUCAUGGCAAUGGUGGUGGUGGUUUGGCGACGGAAUGGUUCUUUGACGACAGUUAUGCACCAGCUAAUGUGAAUCACGCAACUCCAACAGGUAGCAACAGCGCAGGGAAUGAUCAAAGUGGAAGCAUAAACAACUGGAAUGGAAUUGAAGAUUGGAAUACCUUGAAGCAGUACAGCUCAAUUCCAUAG